AAAAACCAAAGCACAAGUAGUGGAACCAAUUUUUUUUAAAAAGCAGUAAAUAGACACCAUAGCUUUUUCUUGCUUCUUCUGCUCUCUACACUUCACAUUUACCCAACACCUUCUUUUUCCUACUUUUCUCUUUUUGUUUUGGUUUCCAAAGAGACAAUUAUCUUCUCACCACUGUCUCUUUUAUGUUCUUUCAAGAAAAACCAAUCUUCAGGCAAAAACAAAACCACAGAAUCAAAUUCUUACACAGAAGAAAAAGCUUAUAAAUCGUAUUCUUUUCUCCCCAAGAACGACUCACCAUUCAUGAAAUGAAACUAUCUUCAGUUUCAAGAUUUUCUUUAACUUUCUCACACUUCCUCACACUCUAUUGUCUUCUCAUACCUACCCAUGUAGCUCAAGGAUCUCAUCAAUGGGAGUCACCAAUCAAAACCGUCGUCGUUCUUGUAUUGGAGAAUCGAUCUUUCGAUCAUCUCUUGGGUUGGAUGAAGAAAUCAGUUAACCCGACUAUUAACGGUGUAACCGGUCAAGAAUGCAACCCGGUUCCUAAUUCUACUCAAACCAUUUGUUUCACUAGCGAUGCUGAGUUCGUGGAUCCGGAUCCGGGUCAUUCGUUCGAAGCUGUUGAGCAACAGGUUUUCGGGUCCGCGUUAUCCGGGUCGGGUCAGAUCCCGUCUAUGACGGGUUUCGUCGAACAAGCGCUUUCCAUGCCGGGGAAUUUGUCGGAGACUGUGAUGAAAGGCUUUAGGCCUGAAUCUGUACCGGUUUACGCUGAGCUGGUUAAAGAAUUUGCUGUGUUCGACCGGUGGUUUUCUUCUAUUCCUGGUCCGACUCAACCGAACCGGUUAUUUGUCUACUCUGCUACCUCUCAUGGUUCAACCAGCCAUGUCAAGAAACAACUCGCUCAAGGGUAUCCACAAAAGACUAUAUUCGAUUCGCUACAUAGCAACGACAUAGACUUUGGAAUAUACUUUCAGAAUAUUCCGACAACGUUGUUCUACCGUAAUCUCCGACAGCUAAAAUACAUUUUUAAUUUGCAUCAGUACGAUCUUGCAUUCAAGAGAGACGCAGCCAAAGGAAAGUUACCGAGCUUAACCGUAAUCGAACCGAGGUAUUUCGAUCUCAAGGGUUUACCGGCCAACGACGACCAUCCGUCGCACGACGUUGCUAAUGGUCAGAAGCUGGUUAAGGAAGUUUACGAGUCACUUAGGUCGAGUCCGCAGUGGAACCAGACGCUGCUAGUCAUAACUUAUGAUGAGCACGGUGGGUUCUAUGAUCAUGUCAAGACUCCUUAUGUCGGUAUACCAAACCCGGAUGGGAAUACUGGACCGGCUCCUGGUUUCUUUAAAUUUGACCGGUUAGGUGUUCGGGUUCCUACUAUUAUGGUUUCGCCUUGGAUUAAAAAAGGAACCGUGGUGAGUGAGGCUAAAGGACCAACAGAGAGCUCAGAGUAUGAACACUCAUCAAUACCAGCGACCAUCAAGAAACUCUUCAAUCUAUCUUCCAAUUUCUUGACACAUAGAGAUGCUUGGGCUGCUACGUUCGAAGACGUUGUAUCUCACUUAACCUCUCCUAGAACCGAUUGUCCUAUGACUCUUCCUGAUGUUGCGCCCAUUAGAACCACUGAGCCUAAAGAGGACGCAGCGCUUUCUGAGUUUCAGGGUGAAGUGGUUCAGCUUGCGGCCGUUCUCAAUGGCGAUCAUUUCCUCAGUAGCUUCCCCGACGAAGUUGGGAAGAAGAUGACUGUGAAACAAGCUCAUGAGUAUGUCAAAGGAGCUACAUCUAGGUUCAUUAGAGCUAGUAAAGAGGCAAUGAAGCUUGGUGCCGAUAAAUCUGCUAUUGUCGAUAUGCGAUCUUCGCUCACUACACGGUCACGCAACCUGUGACCCCACUAAUGAAAACGAUUAAAAAAACUUGUGAAGAUUGGUGGGUUUGUUCGUUUGCUUGCUUGCUCUGUUUUGAUCUGAAAAUGUGUGAUUUGAUGUUUGAAAACUGGAAUUAAGGAACAAAGAUAUAGACCAAAUUCAAAUGUUA